AAAUAUGUGGCAAGACGAGCAGCAGUCUAGAAUCCGUGAUGUUUUUGCAGUCAAGAACAUUGUCUGUGUUUGAAUUUCCUACCUGGUAUAAGUAAUCUACACAACCACGUAUUAAGUGGUAAAGGGCAGGUGUAAGAUGACCAGUGUUGACGUGGGCCAGGUAGCGUUUCACACCUGGACUAAGGUGUGUGACAAGGUGAGGAGAGCUGUGGUGUUUGUGGAUGAUGCCUGCGCUGAGAGUCUGCACUGGAACGGGGGACUGAUGAGACUUGUAAAUGCUGGAGCACUUAAUGUUAAAGAGUUUUCUUCCUUUGAGUGUGCAGAGCCCAGUGAGAAAAAGGCCGUAUUUAUCGUGAGCACCCCUCUACGCGAUGUCACAGAAACCAUCAUAAGAGAUAUCAUACAGAACAGCCAGUUCCAGUAUGUGGUGGUCAUCACUACCCAGGGCCCACUUGUCCAUUUGUUUGCCAAGCAUGGUAGCUAUGAGGGAGAUGAACAGUAUGUUUUCCAGAGUUUUGAAGAGAAGGUGCUGGAGUGGAUGGGAAAUAUGAAUUACACAGCAGAGGUCCUCCAUGUUCCUGUGUGUACAGUCAGUGUGUGUCCAUCUCUAUUUGUAACGCCAGGACUCCCACGACUCUUCCCUCUUCUGCCUACAGAUGUCACUGGAGUGGAGGCCAUUUACAAUUCUUCAAAAGCCAGGGUGGGGGACAAGAAAUCUUUUGAAAGUUUGGCAGAAAUAGAAACUCACCAUCUUCCUAAGCAUUUGCAGUUGAAAGUCAAGAUGCUUGCAGCCACGUUGAAUGAUGUGUUUGAAGAGCUCCACCUCCAGGAUGACCCGUAUUCUGUGGGACCAUUCAGCAGACUGGUGGCCACAGAGCUGGCCAAUUACCCUGGGGCCAGGCACAGGAGGAAGACAUCUCAAAGCAGAGCCUCCAUAGUGUGUAUAGACAGGAGCCUGGACCUGGCUGGAGCUGUUAGUCACCAAGGGGAAACCUUAUUGGACAGAAUACUGACCCUGUUGCCUAGGUUACCAGGUCACAAUAAUGAUGUCAUGGUCAGUAUGGCUGACAUCUGCUCUGCACAACCUGUUACAAGUGAUGCUGAAGAAGUCUUGGCUCCAGGUUGUACAGCACAUGCAGAUUCUUCAUGUAGGAAUGUACUGGCCACUAAAAAACACAAGGAAGCCUUGAUGGAGGUAAACAGACAGCUGGUGGAGGCAGCGUCCAGUGAACAUCUUCCUCUCAGCCUCUCAGGACGCCCCGGUAGAGUCACAGUAGAACAACUACACAGCCAUGUUAAACUGUUCAAGGGGCACCCAGAGGCAAUACAGAAACACAGUGGAUUACUUCAGGUUGCUAUGGCAACUAUCCAGGCCAUGCAAAAAGAGAGCGGUUCCAAUAUGGAAGGUUUGCUAGGACUGGAGAAGAUGUUACUGCAGAGUCUCGGUGACGAGGAGUGUGUGUCCGGCCUGAGCCAGGUGAUACAGGUGUGGGAGAGGGAGAUGAAGAAGGAGACUGAUCAGAGUUGCAGGUUGUAUACAAUAGAGGACAUUCUACUGCUGCUGGUAUAUGUGUAUUCUCUGGUUGGAGAGGAUGCAGCAGAAUCAGAAGAUGAAGAAAGGAAAAUGAUGAGUCUUUUGGCAGAAGCCAUUCUGUCAAGCAAAGAAGAGGACAUUCCCGCAGCAUUAACUGAAUUUGUUGGAGACCCUGUCACAGCUAAUGGUGUCACUAAAGCCAUAGAACAGGUGUUUGAGAAACUGAGGAGUCUGGGAGCUUGUAGAGAUGACUUAAAACAAUUCAGGACUGUGUACAACUCAGGUAGUCUGACAUCCCAAGCCUCCCAUGUCCCAGUGUUAAAACAGGUGCUCCAGGAGAUCUUUAACCCAGCCAAGCCUGACCUGCUGGACAUAGAACACAAGUCUAGUGGACUCAAGGAUCUGCUCAAGUCUGGGUUUGGCCUGUUUAUGAAUGUGAGCAAACCCCGUCCCAGCAACAGCCCCCUGCUGAUCCUGUUCAUUAUAGGGGGCGUCACUGCAUCAGAGGUGAAAUUAAUCAAGGACACUGUGACCUCGUACAAGACUGGAACUCAGGUUAUUGUUGGCAGUACAAAGCUGUUGAAACCAAGUGAUGUACUGGAUAUGAUGUUUUCUAACCCGCUGUUAGAGAGCUGAGGAAGGUCUUAUAAUGGGGUUAAAUUAAUCUGAAUUGACAGUUCAUAACUUGCCAUCAUUUCUGAAAUUCUGAGUGAAAAUUCUCACUGGACACUGUACAGAAUUUUGCACAGAAUUAGCCAGAAAAAAAAUCUGUGAAAAUCUAGUGAAAAAAAAAUCUGCCUCUGGUCCUGGAAGCAGUUAGCACUAUGGUGAUGUAGAUGACAAUGAUGAAAUCUGCUGGAUUAUUCACUAAAUAUGAUCUUGUUGACAUUUAAGUUUCAAAUUGUGUACAGCUUCUGUUAAUCGAUUAUUUUUCAGCCUGAAAAUAAAGAAUAUUGAUAGCCAAAAGAAAAAAUAUGCAUGAAUUCAUAAUGUUGACAACUGUUCUCAUACUUAAAUUUGAUAAAUCCAGUACCACAUUGUUAUUUUCAGUCAUUUUUGCUAUUUAUUUUGGUAGUCUAC